GCACGCACCCCUAGUCGCUCUAGUACCGCGACCGCCAGCAAUGAGGACGUGGGACAACCUACUCCGCGACCUCGUGGCCGUCCCAAAAAGGUCAUAGCUGUGGGUGAAAACCACACUGCAGCUAACUUUACACCCAGUGUAACACCUCGCGGCCGUGGCAGGCCCAAAGAGAAAGCCGACCCUGUUGAUCUUGAGGAAGAAGCUCCUGAGUCUGAACAAGAACUUGCCGAACCCCAGGAAUCUGUUCCCACGCCUCGUUCCCGUGGCCGCCCGAAGAAGAAGGUACACCAUUGGUCCAAGCAAGCCCGAGAAGCUGCCAAAUUGCAGCAAGAGGCUCAGCUUGACAACGAUGAUGAGCCCGAGGAAACCACACCGUUCAAGCAACCCGCAACAGCUCCCCGGCCACGUGGUCGCCCCAAGAAGCCAGUGACAGAGGCUUCUCCUGAGGAAGUUGCGAGUGGCAAAUCCCAGAAGGUCCCAGUCACGGCAGCCACGAUAACUACGGCCAAAGAUGAAUUGCGCGCCGAGCUUCUUGGUCUCUCCACUGGAUUCCCUGAUGGAAAGCCAUAUAGCACCACUAGUCGCGGUCGCGGCCGUCCCAAGAAGACCCAGACCGUGGAGACAGAAGAGGUUGACUCGAACGAGCAGUUGUUUGACGAAGUUGAGCAUAUGUCUAUCAAGCGUGGCCGAGGGCGUCCCAGAAAAUCCGACACCCCCGUCAAGAGUGCCCAGGGCACAGUCAGCCGUUUGCAACCUUUCAAACACUCUGAGACUGACACUAGCUCUACCCUUACGGCUAUUGCUACUGAAGGUGUCAAGAAAAGGGGCCGUGGGCGCCCCAAGAAGAAUAGUUCUGGGUUUCUGGGGGCUGUUGAGGUGGCCACGAACACUCAGGCUAAGGGAAGUGAAGCCGGUGAUGAUGCCAUCGACAGCCAAAAGAAUACUAAAGAGGAUGCCGAAAUUCCUUUGGCUAAAUUCAUUGAGCAAGAUGAGAAUGAUUCGGACCAAGACGAGGAUCACGAACCCUCCCCUUCUCCGUACCACUCUUCAUCGCCCUCUCCAUCCCGCGCUCCGCCCCAGCUACCUUCAAUGCAUACCGUUUUCAGGAAAAGAGGUAUCAGCCAAGUCAACGGGACCGUCGAGAAAAACCCCAAAAAGCGGCUUGCGCACUUUACCGUUGCCAGAAAGACUGCUGCCAGGCGCUCGGCUUCAUCACCCAACACGCGGUCCCCGGCUUCGUCAGCUAACGAGAGGUCCCCGGCUUCAUCACCCAAAGGGCUUGUGCCUAGUUCCCCUUUACGACAACCACCAGUAAUCCACUCCUCUCUUCUCUGA